GGAGCUGCUGACACUAACAGUCAUUAGCUGAAGACCCUUUUGUAAGAAACUAUGCUUUAAAAUAUAAACGGUGGAGGCAUUCUCCUUGCAUUGUCCAGAAGGAACUUUCUCCUACGUGAGCCUGGAUUAAUCAUGAGAGAGCUCGUCAACAUUCCACUGGUACACAUCCUUACUCUGGUUGCCUUCAGCGGGACCGAGAAACUUCCAAAAGCUCCUGUCAUCACUACUCCUCUUGAAACAGUGGAUGCUUUAGUCGAAGAAGUGGCUACUUUUAUGUGUGCAGUGGAAUCCUAUCCCCAGCCUGAGAUUUCCUGGACAAGAAAUAAAAUUCUCAUCAAGCUCUUUGACACCCGGUACAGCAUUCGGGAGAAUGGGCAGCUCCUCACCAUCCUGAGUGUGGAGGACAGUGAUGAUGGCAUUUACUGCUGCAUAGCCAACAAUGGCGUGGGAGGAGCUGCGGAGAGUUGCGGAGCUCUGCAAGUGAAGAUGAGUGAGUGGGAAAGAGAAUCAUCUGUUGAUUUUAAAGUUGACUUGGAAAAUUCCCGCAUUGCAGUUCUUGAAUCUGGAAGUUUGAGGAUUCAUAAUGUGCAAAAGGAAGAUGCAGGACAGUAUCGAUGUGUGGCAAAAAACAGCCUUGGGACAGCGUAUUCCAAAUUGGUGAAGCUGGAAGUUGAGGUUUUUGCCAGAAUCCUGCGGGCUCCUGAAUCCCACAAUGUCACCUUUGGCUCCUUUGUGACCCUGCGCUGUACAGCAACAGGCAUGCCUGUCCCUACCAUCACCUGGAUUGAAAAUGGAAAUGCUGUUUCUUCUGGAUCCAUUCAAGAGAGUGUGAAAGACCGGGUGAUUGAUUCAAGACUGCAGCUGUUUAUCACCAAGCCAGGACUCUACACAUGCAUAGCUACUAAUAAGCAUGGAGAGAAAUUCAGUACUGCAAAGGCUGCAGCCACCAUCAGUAUAUCAGAAUGGAGUAAACCACAGAAAGAUAACAAAGGCUACUGUGCCCAGUACAGAGGGGAGGUGUGUAAUGCAGUCCUGGCAAGAGAUGCUCUUGUUUUUUUCAACACCUCCUACGUGGACCCUGAGGAGGCCCAAGAGCUGUUGGUCCACACUGCUUGGAAUGAACUGAAAGCGGUGAGCCCGCUCUGCCGGCCAGCUGCUGAGGCUUUGCUGUGUAACCACAUCUUCCAAGAGUGCAACGCUGGAGUAGUCCCUACUCCUACCCCUGUUUGCAGAGAGUACUGCUUGGCAGUGAAGGAGCUCUUCUGUGCAAAAGAAUGGCUGGCUAUGGAAGAAAAGACCCACAGAGGACUCUACAGAUCUGGGAUGCAUCUGCUGUCCGUUCCAGAAUGCAGCAAGCUUCCCAGCAUGCACUGGGACCCAACGGCCUGUAGCAGACUGCCAUAUUUAGAUUAUAAAAAAGAAAACCUAACAACAUUCCCACCAAUGAUGUCCUCAAAGCCGAGUGUGGACAUUCCAAAUUUGCCUUCCUCCUCCUCUUCUUCCUUCUCGGUCUCUCCUACGUACUCCAUGACUGUAAUAAUUUCCAUCAUGUCCAGCUUUGCAAUAUUUGUGCUUCUUACUAUAACUACUCUUUAUUGCUGCCGAAGAAGAAAACAAUGGAAAAAUAAUAAAAGAGAAUCAGCAGCAGUAACCCUCACAACACUGCCUUCUGAGCUCCUGCUAGACAGACUUCAUCCCAACCCCAUGUACCAGAGGAUGCCACUCCUUCUGAAUCCCAAGCUGCUAAGCUUAGAGUAUCCAAGGAAUAACAUUGAAUAUGUGAGAGAUAUCGGAGAGGGGGCAUUUGGAAGAGUCUUUCAAGCAAGGGCUCCAGGCUUACUUCCCUAUGAACCUUUCACUAUGGUGGCAGUAAAGAUGCUCAAAGAAGAAGCCUCAGCAGAUAUGCAAGCAGACUUUCAAAGGGAGGCAGCCCUCAUGGCAGAAUUUGACAACCCUAACAUUGUGAAACUCUUAGGUGUAUGUGCUGUCGGGAAGCCUAUGUGUCUGCUCUUUGAAUACAUGGCCUAUGGCGACCUCAACGAGUUCCUCCGCAGCAUGUCCCCCCACACCGUGUGCAGCCUCAGUCACAGUGACUUGUCCACGAGGGCUCAGGUCUCCAGCCCCGGACCCCCACCCCUCUCCUGUGCUGAGCAGCUUUGCAUUGCCCGGCAGGUAGCAGCCGGCAUGGCCUACCUCUCAGAGCGCAAGUUUGUCCACCGGGAUUUGGCCACCAGGAACUGCCUGGUGGGUGAGAACAUGGUGGUCAAAAUUGCUGACUUUGGCCUCUCCAGGAACAUCUACUCAGCAGACUAUUACAAAGCUAAUGAAAACGACGCUAUCCCUAUCCGUUGGAUGCCACCAGAGUCCAUUUUCUAUAACCGCUACACCACCGAGUCCGACGUGUGGGCCUACGGUGUGGUCCUCUGGGAGAUCUUCUCCUACGGCCUGCAGCCCUACUAUGGGAUGGCCCACGAAGAGGUCAUUUACUACGUGCGAGAUGGCAACAUCCUCUCCUGCCCUGAGAACUGCCCUCUGGAGCUGUACAACCUGAUGCGUCUGUGUUGGAGCAAGGUGCCUGCCGACAGACCCAGUUUCGCCAGUAUACACCGAAUUCUGGAACGCAUGUGUGAGAGGGCAGAGGGAACCGUGAGUGUCUGA